AUCUCUCUCCGUCCCUCAAAACAUAUUCUCUCUCAAUCGUUUCAAAUUCUUUUCCUCUCUGCAGACGCUCGUAAACCCUAAAUCUAAGUCCUUUCUUCCUUACGCUCUAUCGGAGCCCAAUUCUGUCGGCAGAUUCAACAGCGAAUAAAGCGGCGGAAUAAUGGGUGAGAAUAAGGAAAACGAAGCUUACGAAGACGAGGAGCUUGUCGACUACGAGGAAGAUGACGAGAAAGCCCCUGACUCCGUCACUGGCAAAGUCAACGGCGAGUCCGCCAAAAAAGGUUAUGUAGGUAUCCACAGUUCCGGAUUCAGAGACUUUCUGUUGAAGCCUGAACUUCUGCGUGCAAUAGUUGACUCUGGAUUUGAGCAUCCAUCUGAAGUUCAACAUGAGUGCAUCCCUCAAGCAAUCUUGGGCAUGGAUGUUAUAUGCCAAGCCAAAUCGGGAAUGGGAAAAACUGCUGUAUUUGUUCUAUCCUCAUUGCAACAGAUUGAGCCCGUUGCUGGCCAAGUGACUGCACUUGUUCUGUGCCAUACCAGAGAAUUGGCUUAUCAGAUUUGUCACGAAUUCGAACGAUUCAGUACGUAUCUCCCAGAGAUAAAGGUUGCUGUUUUCUAUGGUGGUGUCCACAUCAAGACACACAAGGAGAUAUUGAAGAAUGAAUGCCCACAUAUUGUUGUUGGAACACCUGGAAGGAUCCUUGCACUUGCCAGAGAGAAGGACUUGUCUCUAAAGAAUGUGAGGCAUUUCAUUCUGGAUGAAUGUGACAAGAUGCUCGAGUCCCUUGACAUGAGGAAAGAUGUGCAAGAAAUCUUCAAGAUGACACCCCAUGACAAGCAAGUUAUGAUGUUUUCUGCAACCCUCAGCAAGGAGAUCCGUCCAGUUUGCAAGAAGUUCAUGCAAGAUCCCAUGGAAAUCUAUGUGGACGACGAGGCGAAGUUGACCCUUCAUGGUCUUGUACAGCACUACAUCAAAUUGAGUGAGCUGGAGAAAAAUCGGAAGCUGAAUGAUCUGCUUGAUGCAUUGGACUUCAACCAAGUUGUAAUAUUCGUCAAAAGUGUCAACAGAGCUGCGGAGCUGAAUAAGUUGCUUGUGGAAUGUAAUUUUCCAUCUAUCUGCAUUCACUCUGGCAUGUCCCAGGAAGAAAGAUUGACACGCUACAAAGGUUUCAAGGAGGGACAUAAGAGGAUUCUCGUGGCAACAGAUUUGGUUGGCAGGGGAAUUGAUAUUGAACGGGUUAACAUUGUUAUCAACUAUGAUAUGCCAGACUCUGCUGACACUUAUUUGCACAGGGUGAGCUUAUCUUUUCCUCUCUUUGAUUGUUAAGGCCCCUGAAAGAGCAGCUCAGUUGCUGAAUCCUUUUGUAUCUUUUAUCAAUUAUUACAGGUCGGUAGAGCUGGUAGAUUUGGAACAAAAGGACUUGCCAUCACAUUCGUUUCAUCUGCUUCUGAUUCAGAUGUUCUCAAUCAGGUAGCUUGUCUUGUAUUUUGCUGCAUUUUUCCCCUGCUUUAUUGGAGAUAGUAAAUCUUACUCCUUGUACGAUUUAAAUGUUGUAGGUUCAGGAGAGGUUUGAAGUGGAUAUAAAGGAGCUGCCAGAACAGAUUGAUACGUCUACUUAUAGUACGUUUUCUUCCUUUUUCUCACUGGACUUGCAUAUUAUUAUUAUUAUUAUUUUGCUGUUUUUGUGUUUUUUUUUUGGUUGAACCAGCACUUUUGUUUUUGAGCUUGAUUUACUUCUGUUCGAUUUGGGUAAAAUGUUGAGCUGAGCUGCUAUUGUGUGUGCAAUCUGUAUUUUAAUAACCGUUCAGAAUCUGUGUGUUCUUUUUCAAAAGGACAACAGUCUUUCUCCUCUAAUGGUGUGUCCUGGCGAUUUCUUUGUAUUCCUGACUGCUUUGUGCGUUUUAUUGUGCAGUGCCGUCUUAAAUACAAGUCAGUGGAGGGCAUUUAGAUGCAAGCGAGAUGAAAGUGUCAAAAUUCGCAGAACUGUGUUGGACUUAUCUUGUUGAAUGUUUAAAUGAGCUCUUUUUUGAUUGGGAGAGAAUGUGUCCAAUUAAAUUGUGAUGACACUUGUAGUUGGUAGCUUCAGAAGCGCAGUUAUAGCAUUUUGAAUUGUAGGCCUGCCAUUUAUUUCCUGUUCUUGCAGAUUUAGAUGAUGGGGAGUAUGUAUUAUUAUCAUAAUAUAUGAAGUAUCUUUUGGUAGAUUUGCUUUUAAGUUUUAACUUGGUUGAAGGUUGAAAAUGCAUUUACACUCGCAAGAAAGUAAAUGAGCCGUUGUGUCUAUAAAUUACCGUGGCCUCCAAUUCACGAAAGACUUCAUGAAAUCCAAAUGUGAGUGUUACUGAAACAUUCCAAGUUCAAGUUCAUGAAUUGUGUGUCCUCAUUUUUUGUUUCCGCAUUUGCCUCCGAACUCUGCCAAAAUUUUCUAGCAAUCAUUCACCGCCCUAGCCCAGAUGGCAAACUAUAAGCAUUUUUUUUUGUUUUUUCUUACUGCUUACAAGAACUCAGAGCUUCAGAGCGU